AUGUCGCAAACGGUCGUCGAAUUGCAUUGGUUUCCGAAGUAUUCGGAUCGGUUUUUGACCGCCGCCAGUUCUGAAAUUAAUCUGUACCAAGUGAAACACGAUAUCGUCGAUAAUGGGGAAAAAUCGAAUAUCAAUUUAGACAUUUCCAAGUCAACCACUGCCACCCUGAUCGCCUUUGAGACUCGCUAUCAAUUCGUGCGUACCGUAGCACCAUCUUACCAUGGCGGAGGCGAUAUUAAUUUCGCAGCCGGUUUGCCGAAUGGAAAGGUUGCAUUAUGUAACUUUGUAGCCGAAAACAAUGUAGAAUUCACGCCAAGAAUAUCAAGAGCAUGCACAUGCAUUGCCUGGAGCGAGCUGGAACCAAAUUUGCUUGCGAUGGGGCACGAUCGGAACCGGUCGGAUAAUUGUAUUACCAUUUGGGACACGGAACGCGGAGUUCCGAAUCAAUCCUCGAUCGUUAGCAUGGUAGGUCUAUCAGAAACGGCCCAUUCCGUUUGCUGGGACAAAACAUUCCCUCAGGUGCUGAUAGCGGGCAUGAGCCACAAGUACAUUAAAAUGAUGGAUUUUAGGCAGAAUCCACCCAUUACGACCAUGGCAAACACACGUACCGUGAACGGUGUCUGCGUCGCUCCCAAUGGUCGAUACCUGGCAAGCUACGUGGAAAACAUCAUCAACUUAUGGGAUCUGCGAUCACUGGAAAAACCGAUCAGUCAAAUCCAGAUGCAGAAGAGCAUCAGCCAACUAUCCUGGUGUCCUACGCGCUCGUCGGUUCUGUCUACCUUGCAGCGAGAUUCACCUCUCAUCAAUCUGAUCGAUCUGCAUUGGCCAGGUUCGGAGAUGGAUGGUGGAGAGCCUCACUCAGUGAAGCGCUUCGUUUCGCCUUUUCAAACCACUGCAAACACGCUGACGACGAGUCGUGUUCCGUCGAUGGCGUACCUGUCGUGGCAUCCGUAUGAACUCGAACGGAUGCUGGCCCUGUCGAGUGUGGGAAACAUUUGCGAUUACCGAAUACCACAACGGGUGGCCGUUUCUUGGGACAACAAUAACAAUCUGUUCGGCAAUAACGGAAACGAACUGCGGCAGUUUGCCACACCGACACGUUCUUCUACCCCGACUGAUUCCUUAAACCAGUGGAACAUUGACAACAGCGAGGAAGACAUUGCCGAAACGAUGCAAAAUCGUGCCCUAAAGAACUAUGGGCUUAUGGCCGAUCUACAGCGGAACGGAGAUCUUGUAGAGAAGAACGACGGUCUGCAGUCCGUGUGGCGUAUGCUCGGCCACAUGGUCAAAGAGGACAACAAGCAAGGGUUGAAGGAGAUUCUUGGAGUAAACAGCGCAUUGGAAGGACCCCCAAUGUCCCCAUCGGAGCCGGUCAACACAAAGUGGAUCGACUUCAGCAUGUGCAGCGGGCUGGUGGUUUACCGUAGUGAACAGCGUGACACGGCCCAGCUGUUGUGCGGUUGGACAUUCGAGCGCGAGAAAGAAGCCUCUUUCACUGCAUUUUUGGAGGAACUUUGCACCAAGCGAGAGUACACUCGGGCGGCCCUGUUGGCAUGUUUUCACUUUCGCGUACGCUUAGCAAUCGACAUUCUGGGUAGAGGAGCCGAUCAAGCUUCCGAUCCCAGUUCUCUGUUGCGCGUAGCGGCCAUUGCACUAUCCGGGUUUUCCGCAGAACGAUCGGAGCUGUGGCGCAAGCAAUGCGGAGCUGCACGGACGCAGAUCGACGAUCCUCACCUGCGGUGUAUGUUUUCUUUUUUAGCACACGAAAAGGAGGGCUUCGAAACGGUAACGAACGAAACGCAAAUCUCCCUCAGCGAUCGAAUGGCGUUCGCUUGCAACUUCCUGUCCGAUGUAAAGCUGGCCGAGUACACGAAGGGCAUGCUGGCGAAUUGCAUCGAGACGGGAGACCUGAACGGGCUGCUGUUAACGGGUGCCACCAACGAUGGUAUCAGCCUAUUGCAAAGCCAUCUCGAUCGCACCGAGGACGUGCAAACGGUGGCCCUUAUUGCGGCUCGAUUCCUCACGUCGGAGCUGUUGGCGAACUUCCGGGUCCAAUACUGGAUCGCCACCUACCGGGACAUGCUAGACGUGUGGGGUUUGUGGGAACAACGAUCCCAGCUGGACAUCACGCUUGGCAGCAUUCGAUCACCACCACGUAGCUCCCGGUCCGUGUUUCUGUUGUGCAAUUUUUGUGGCAAGAACGUAUCGAUAGCUUUGCAGGAGGACGCACGGAUGCGUGGGAACGCCACCACCAUGCACAAGCUGUCGUCCUGUCCGCACUGUCGUAAGCCACUGCCACGCUGUGCCCUGUGUCUGUUGCACAUGGGCACGACGAUGGGUGCCAUAUCGCAGAGUCAAGCCAUCCAGGGCCAGAUCGGCUGGCAAUCGAAACCGUUCUCGAAGUGGUUUAGCUGGUGCCAGACCUGUCGCCACGGUGGCCACACCGAGCAUUUAACGGAGUGGUUCAAUCAGAACACCGAAUGCCCGGUGACAUCGUGCAAUUGCAAGUGCUUUGCCAAAGAUCUGCCGAUGCCGCAGUUCCCGCGCGAUAAAGACAGCGUCUCCUGACACCAGCUAUCGACGCUGUUUUAAGCUCUGAAGAGUCCUGCCACACGUUGGUGUUCCUUGUUCCUUGUUACUGUACGCGAGAGUGUGCUGCGCCUGAGGUUUAACCUGGCGCGGGUGAAUGUAUUUUAAGGCGAACCGUAUCAUUCGGGAUAAUUUGUUAUACGUUUUAUGUCUGUC